AUAUAAAAAAAUUUUAAUCAAUUUACGACACGGUUAUUUUUUCUUGUAGGAUUAAGUUGAUACAUCAAAAAUAUAUUAAUUUUAAUUAACGUUUUUUCCAGGUUAUUGUAAAUAUAACCAAACUUAAAUAAAAAAAAAAAAAAAAAAAUCAAUUUAAUUAAAAGUGUUGUGAAAUGAAAUGAUUCAAUUCUACAAUUUCAUCUCAUUUUCUGAAGUCGAAUCAUGAAUAAUUCUCAAGAUUGUUUUAAAAUUUCUGAGAGUAUUAAACAUGAGCCAUAUCUAUAUACGAGAAAAAAUGGUAUUGCCAUUAGAAAGCUUGUUGUCAGUAAUUUAUCCUCUGAGACACAAGAAAGGGAUAUUAAAUUUCUUUUUUCAAAAUAUGGUCAAAUUGACAAAUGUUUAUUAAGACAAGAUUGCAAAUCUAAUUGCACUCGUUGCUUUAUUACAUUCAACACUGCUGAGGAUGCUUUACAAGCAAGAAAAGCCGGAUAUGAAAAUUUUAUUCAAUUGAAUAAUCGAACUUUAACAGUGGAACCAGCAUAUUCCUGGCUUCAGACUGACAAAAAACGAAUUAAUUUAAAGAGAAAACGAGAAAAUAUAGCAGAACCAGAUGAGGAACCACCAAUCAAAAAAUUAAAUGAAGAUUGUCUCAUUCGAAUUUUUGAAUAUCUUCCAAUUACAGAUAGGCUCAGAAUUGAAAGAGUAUCAAAACAAUUUCGUUCAGCAAGUUACAAAUCCUGGAGCAAAAUUAAAUAUUUAAAAAAUUCCUCUUUCAAAUCUGACAAUACAACACGAAGUAUCAUAGCAUUUAAUAAAAUUUUACAAAGAUGCGGACGUUAUGUAACACGAGUUAGAUUAAAUUCCAACAAUAGUGAAUAUAAUGAAGAAUCACUUCGCAUUCUACCAAUUUAUUGUCAAAAAUUGCAUUCAAUUUAUGCCACUUCUCUAUCGUCAUCGACAGCAUUAAAAAUUUUAGCUCUUCGUUGUCAGAAUAUAACAAAAAUUGAAUUAUCAUUAGAAAAUUGUUUCGAAGAUUCAGAUGAUGAUUUUGCUUUAUUAUUUUCUUUAAACAGAAAAUUAAAAUAUAUUGAUAUUUGUUAUGGCUACAUGACUGGCAAUUGUCUACUGCAAUUAUCACCUGAAUCAAUACAAUCAAUAGUUUUGGAUAAAUGUUUAGCAUCUGCUGACUAUUUAAUAAAAGCUGUGAAAAAUUUUAAAAAAUUAUACGAAUUGGAUUUGACUGAUUGCGAUAUUUCUGGCCUCUUACCAGCAUUAAAAAAUUGUGCCAAUACUUUAAAUACCCUAUUUUUUCAAGAUUGUAUUUUGAGAAAUAAAAAUGAGGCCGAUUGUAUCAAGUUUUUUGUGAAUCUUCAACAAUUGUGGCUUGUCACAAAUCAAUGGAUUACUGAUAAUUUUUUUUAUCAUGUUGGCCAAAAUUGCCAUAAAAUUUCUUCUGUAUGCAUUAUAGGUUUAAAUGAAAUUACCGACAUUGGAAUUGAAAAUAUAGCGCUAUUACCAAAAUUAGAAUGGUUAAAUAUUAAAUUAUCAAUCACUGGUUCAGGAUUGGAAAAGAUGUUUAAUUUAAAAUACUUGGAAAUUAAUAGUGAGGGUUCGUUAACAGUAGAAGCGUUGUGUAAGGUUUUGCGAGGAGCAAAAAAAUUAGAAACACUCAAAAUUAAUGAAGAAAUGUACACCAGAAAUGAUUUUAAAUUAAUAAAAAUCGCUAUAGAAGUUAGUGAAAAGAGAGAAAAUAAUUUACCACUACGUUUUAUUUUUCAAACACCAUCUGAAAGAGAAAAAAUUGAACACUUGAAUGGAAUUUCUCCAAAUCUUUUUUUUGAUUUAAUUAUGCUCUUUGCAAUAUUCAUUUCUUAUCUGAAUUUCACAUAUAUGAGAUAUCGUUAAUGAAGGAAUUAAAAACACGAUAAUAAAUUGAGCCAACGAUAAAGAAAAAAAAAGAGGUAAAUAUUAUACGCUAACAAUCAGCAUUGUUCUAGAGGAAGAAAUUAAACAGCAAUCUACAAUCUAAAAAAUGUAACAUUUGAUGAAAAUCUGAAUAAGUAUAUCUUUUUGGGGAAGUUUUCUUUUUCAUUAUGCUUAUUCAACAAAAAUGAUCAAUUUAAACACUAUGUGGCGCUGCUGUGAAAAUACGAAACGUGUUCAAAGAAUAUAAUUCAUAAUUUUCAGUAGUUUUCGUACAACGUGCCAAUACAUGUGUUCGGUUUUUCAAAAGUGCCUUCAAUUAAACUUCUAAUAAAAUAUUUAUGUAA